CAAACUUUAGUUUUUUUGUUUUUUUCCCCCCCUCUCCUUCCAGUUACUCUGCCUUGGCUGGACUUUUUCUCAAAGCUCUCUAGCACACAAAAAAGAGAUAUAUACACAUAUUUCCUUUCUAAAAAUGAGCGACAUAAACAUAAACGCGUUAAGUCCAGUGGACGACACAGCGGAGGAAAAAGACUGGGCGGCGGCCAAAGCGUUUUUCGAGCAACUCAAAACAAAUAAACCGAGACCGCCUAAACCCGGCUUUGCUGUCACCAUCGCGGUGUCCUCCAGGACCCUCUUCAACAUGGUGGCCGAGAGGCUGAUCUAUGAACAGGAGGGAGUGGAGAAGUACGUAGCCUAUCAGGUGGAACACGAGAAUGAGCCUCUCAAGCCUGGAGCUGCUUUCCCAUUUGUCAAGGCACUGAUGACGGUCAACUCUCGGCUGAGGGAGCUCUACCCGGACAGCGAGGAAUUGUUCGACAUCGUCCUCAUGACGAACAACCAUGCCCAAGUGGGAGUGCGCCUCAUCAACAGCAUCAAUCACUAUGAUUUGACCAUUGAAAGAUUCUGUAUGACUGGAGGGAAAAGUCCAAUAGGCUACCUGAAAGCUUACAUGACCAAUCUGUAUCUCUCUAAGGAUGCUGAAAAGGUUACAGAGGCCAUUAAUGAAGGCAUUGCCGCAGCCACGAUGUUCAUGCCCGAGAAGGAGAACGAGCUGUGCGACAAUCAGCUGAGAGUGGCUUUCGAUGGCGACGCUGUCCUCUUUUCAGACGAGUCAGAGAUCAUCGUUAAGCAAAGCGGCCUGGACAGCUUUUUUGAGCACGAGAAGAAGUUUGAGAACAAACCACUUGCUCAGGGCCCCUUGAAGGGCUUCCUGGAGGCUUUGGGGAAGCUCCAGAGGCAAUUCUAUGGAAAGAAUGAACGUUUGAAUUGUCCCAUAAGAACCUUCCUGGUCACGGCCCGUAGCGCCGCCAGCUCGGGUGCUCGAGUGCUGAAGACUCUCCGCAGUUGGGGUCUGGAAAUCGACGAGGCUCUCUUCCUGGCCGGAGCUCCAAAAGGGCCCCUGCUGCAGAAGAUAAAACCGCACAUCUACUUCGACGACCAGAUGUUCCACAUCGAGGGGGCCAAGCAACUGGGCACCAUCUCCGCUCACGUCCCCUACGGCAUCGGACAGAAGUACCGCAAGGGCAAACUCAUCGAGCAGCCGAAAAAGGAGUGAACUGCUUAUGGACUUAAGAUAAAAUUUAAGUUAAAACAAAAAGGGUGAAAUGUUGAGUUUGUAUGACACUGUUUUCUUUAUGUAAAACCACCUUGUGAUUAUUUUUUCCAUUUUGCUGGAUACUUUUACUAAGGAAUAUCCAUCCAUCCAUCCAUCCAUCCAUUUUCUGAGCCGCUUCUCCUCAUUAGGGUCGCGGGCGUGCCGGAGCCUAUCCCAGCUAUCAUCAGGCAGGAGGCGGGGUACACCCUGAACUGGUUGCCAGCCAAUCGCAGGGCACAUACAAACAAACAACCAUUCGCACUCACAUUCACACCUACGGGCAAUUUAACGUCUCCAAUUCAUGCAUGUUUUUGGGAUGUGGGAGGAAACCGGAGUGCCCGGAGAAAACCCACGCAGGAACGGGGAGAACAUGCAAACUCCACAGAGGCGGGGUCGGGAUUGAACCCGGGUCCUCAGAACUGUGAGGCUGACGCUCUAACCAGUCGUCGACCGUGCCGCCUGCUAAGGAAUAGGGCUUUUGUAUUUUGUAGUUUUUAAAGUACAUUCCUGUACAUUUUAAAGGUGAAAGCUUCACCAACCAGCACACACUGUUUCAUUCAAUUUUCUACUGUGUCAUACUGAAAAUGUCAUCUUAUUUUUGUUGCUUUAUUCAUCUUGAAUGGAGGUGCACAAUGGUAAAGCAUUUUUUGAAACACCCCAGUAAAUACCCAUACUGGUGUUUGUUGCUCAUUUGUUGGCUUUUUUUUUUUUGAGGGACUGCUCUUCAGUAGUGUUUAUAGCUUGUCUGUCUCACAGUCGAGAGGUCCCGGUUUUAGACUAGCCCAAUAGAAAAUGGAUGGAUGGACGAGUUUUAUUUUUUAAAUUUUUUUUUUUAUAACCAACACUGAUGCUGGUUGUCCUCAUUACUGCCUUUGUUGUAUAUGCACAUUCAUAUCUGUCACACUCAGGCUCGGUGAGUUGUUUACACCUUUGUACUUUUUUUUUUCUAGCAUUAAUGUGUUGUUUUUGUGUGUGUGACAGCAUAUUGCAAGGAUUUGUUCGACUCAUGACAUGAUAUCCAAGAGUUAAACUGUUAUUUCCUGUAAGCACUUAAACAAGUAGACCUUUUGUAUUGUAUUUACCUUGUUACAGCAAUUUUAUAUCUAUUUCUGUGCCUUGGAACUGAUGAUCAUUUUUAUUUUUAUUUUAUUGACGUUAGUUUUGUGUCAUGUUUGAAAUAAAGGCAUCAAUCACU